ACCGCGAGCGGGGUGCCCGAGUACUCACUCACCAAAAGCGCGAGCUGAUCUUUGAACCGUCUGAGCGCGCUUUAAUCUCUGCUGUAGCUGAUACGUCCAUCUAAAGUUAUUUACGACUGAUGAUAGCUCGUGGGACAGCCAUUCUCUGCUUUCUUGUCACUAAUGAGUUCACCGGCAUAGUUUAGCGUUGUUUAUUUGCUCCUUGAUCACGAAAAGUCUGGAUGCCCUAAUUGCAUGGCAUUAGUCUACCUCUAGUUCCCUCGGGGCGCAACUGUAAACCUCUCCCGUUACUUGAACGCUGGAACUUGAACGUUGGGACUUCAGAAUGGCUGCAUUGCGAAGUGUGAUUUUUCUGGCUGUGAUUUCAAAUCCAUAUCGCACGGACGCAACCCCUCAAAGUUCUUCUUUUGGAGAUUUAUUGCGUUUUUAUGGUGAAAAUGAAUCCUUGUCUACUGACAACAUGAACAACUUUCUGCACUUGAUCACGACCAGGAGAUCCCCAUCUGUUGACAGUGAGGACAACCCACUGAAAAACUCAGAGUGCAAGUCUCCGAAUGAAUUACUGGUGUGGCAUGGUUUGGGGAAUGUGACGGAAUUGACCUUGUCUCAGUUGGAGGUCAUGUGUCCAGCAUUUCUAACUCAGGUGCUUUUCCCAGCGUGUCCAUACGUCACCCCCGGAGACAUCAAGCCUCCAGCCAGCCAUGUGUGGGGUUAUGGGUUCCUCUCCGUGACGCUGAUCAACCUGGCUGCACUGCUGGGACUGCUACUGGUGCCCUUCACAAAGAAACCCUACUUCCCCAAAGUGCUCACCUACUUCAUUGGCCUGGCCAUAGGAACACUCUUCUCCAAUGCAGUCCUACAGCUCAUUCCUGAGGCCCUGGGCUUUGAUCCAAAAUCUGAUAACUACAUACUAAAAGCCAUUGGAAUAUUUGGAGGAUUCUACAUUCUGUUCUUCAUGGAGAGGGUCCUGAAAAUGGUCCUUAGACUCGAUCAUGAGCAUGGACACAGUCAUGCCCCUCCUCCGCCACCCCAGCUGACCCCUGAGGUGAAGAGUGACGUCAUCACCGUCACCAGUUUCAGCAACAUCAGCCUGAACAACACAAGCACCAUAAACAACAGCGUCAACAACAGCGUGGCCAACCUCAUCAACAAUGACAUGACCAAUGGGGUUGCAGCCCCUGAGAAUGAACAGGAGAGAGUUGUUGCCUGUCAUUGGCUGCGCGGCGAGCAGAUCUCGAAUAUAAAGACGGUGGCCUGGAUGAUCACACUGAGCGACGCGUUGCAUAACUUCAUAGACGGCCUGGCCAUCGGAGCGUCCUUCACUGUGUCCAUCCUCACGGGGUUCAGCACCUCCAUUGCCAUCGUGUGUGAGGAGUUCCCCCAUGAGCUGGGUGAUUUUGUGAUAUUGCUAAACUCGGGCAUGUCAGUGCGCCAGGCUGUGUUCUUCAACAUGCUCUCUGCCAUGUCCUGUUACCUGGGGCUGGUACUGGGCAUCGUGCUGGGCAGUAACUUUGCCCCCAAUCCCAUCUUUGCCGUCGCUGGUGGCAUGUUCCUUUACAUCGCCCUGGCUGACAUGUUCCCUGAGAUGAACAACAUCAUGAAUGCCACAAAGCUGUCGUCAAUGGAGAAAGCCUUAUUCUUCCUCAUCCAGAAUGUUGGCCUACUCACAGGGUUCAGCAUCAUACUCCUCAUCACCAUGUUCGCUGGAGACAUUAGUUUGGGGUAGAGUGGAGGAAAAACAGUAAAGGGAGGGAGAUAGAUAGAGAGAGAGAAAGAAAGAGAGAGAGAGAGAGAGAGCAGUAGAUUUGACUUGAUUUUCAUCUGUAUUCUGCCAAAGAACAAAGGAUGGACACUGAUAUGUGUUACGGAGACCUGCAGGAAUACACACAUGCAGACAGAUUUUUUUUUUUUUACCAACACUGGAAAGGGAUGUUUAUAUUCAAUGAUGUGCAAUAGUCUUACUUUAGAAUUUAUAGUAAAUUAUUUUUCCAACCAUGUAUUGUGUUUUCUUUUGUGGUGUUUUUUUCAAGUUUCUGCCGUAUUUGAUCUAAACAAUGAGCCUGUGUUUG